AAAUCAUCUGCAAACCCACACAGAGAAGAAAUUCGAGUGCUCCGUGUGCAACAAGACUUAUGCUAGAUCGAGUUACGUACGGAUACAUAUGCGAACUCACACAGGAGAGAAGCCAUUCCAAUGCACCGUGUGCAACAAGACUUUUGCUCUAUCUGACACCCUGAGAACUCAUUUGCGUACCCACACAGGAGAGAAGCCAUUCGAGUGCUCCGUGUGCAACAAGACUUUUGCUAUAUCGAGCCUCCUGCGGAGUCAUCUGCGAACCCACACAGGCGAGAAGCCAUUCCAGUGCACCGUGUGCUGCAAGACAGUAUCUGGAAACCUGCGGAGACAUUUACGAACCCACCGAGGAGAGAAACUAUUCUGAUACUUCCCUUUUUUAGAAGACGUCAAUUUUUACAGUUGCCGUCGUUAUUACUUUGGUUAAUUGAUCUAUGCGUUUAAAGUUUAUCUUCUAUCGGCUUGAGUAACUGAUUCUAUAAUACCUGUAGACUCUCUAGGCUAGAUUGCGUGCCCAACUACAUUUUGUUACUACUUAUUUGCGCCACAGUGCCAAUGAUGGUGUAGCUCAAGUGGGACGGCCAACAACUAAGUCUGUGAGACACAAUAUCAUUGAUACAAAAAUGUCUUUAUUGGGACGCUUGCUUAAACUUAAAAGCUUAACAAAAUGCUAUGUGGACCUUUCCCUCAAGUCCUACUUUAACCUCUUGCCGGGCAAACACCACAGUAACCUGCAGUUACUAUUGUUCAGUUUUUAUAAACCGAAAUAUACUGGAAACACAUUUCCUUUUCCCGUGAAAA